AUGAAACAUGUCUCCGCGCCGCCGCCCGUCCUCGACGAGCUGCUCAAGACGACGGCAUUAUCAAAAGCCAUCAAAUUCGACCUGCCCAUCACUGCUCCGUACCAUGCGCCUCACCUGUACACGGCAGAGAAUGUCAACACGAUCUUGUGCGGCGUGGAUGAUGUUGUCGCCACAACAAUCAUCCCUAUCGUCUCAAGUAGCACGGGCACCGUCGUGACGUCGGCCACUUUUCGCGAUGCACUACGCGUUGCAGUUGAAGCCUGUCUACAGCUCAUGAUCCGGUCGGAUCUCAUUGCACCGGGAAUUGCCUCACAUGUUCAGCACGCUGAUGGAUUUGCAAUACGCCACAUCGCGACGGCACCGGACGGCCUCGCUCUGGCCGUUCAGACUGCGUUGAGCCAAGCUGGUGGCCGGUCUCAAUCGGGCAGAGUGAAUGCUCCAGACCAAAAUGACACCACAAGCAUCCCGAAUGCGCUUUCAACCCCCAGAGCCAAGGCUAAAAUUGCGAUUCUGUCCAUGUCCGGUCGCUUUCCGCAAGCACCUAGCAUGGAGGCUUUCUGGCACGUCUUGGAGAACGGGAUCGACACGCACGAAUUGGCCCUCGCAUCUCGGUGGAACACUCGCACUCAUGUUGGUGACUUAUCGCUGAAAGAGCUGCCAAAGAACACCAGCGGUACUGGUUUUGGAUGCUGGCUACAUGACGCUGCCCAAUUUGACGCUCGUUACUUCAACAUGUCCCCGAGAGAGGCGCCACAGGUUGAUCCGGCGCAGCGGCUAGCUCUGUUGACCGCAACAGAGGCUUUAGAGCAAGCUGGAAUUGUACCCGGUCGCACCUCGAGCACCCAGAAAGAUCGUGUAGGUGUCUACUUUGGUAGCACAAGCAACGACUGGAUGGAGACCAACUCCGCUCAGAAUAUUGAUACCUACUUCAUUCCUGGAGGCAACCGAGCCUUCAUUCCUGGGCGUAUCAACUACCACUUCAAAUUCUCAGGACCGAGCUACACGAUUGAUACGGCCUGCAGUUCAAGCUUUACAGCGCUGCAUCUUGCCUGCAAUGCUCUGUGGAAGGGUGAAGUUGACACGGCUAUCGUUGGAGGGACAAAUGUCCUUACUAACCCAGACAUGACCGUCGGCCUUGAUCGUGGCCACUUUCUGUCGCGCACCGGAAACUGCUCCACAUUUGAUGAUGGGGCGGAUGGCUACUGCCGCGGUGAAGCUGUAGCUACUCUUGUCUUGAAGCGUCUUGACGAUGCUGUCGCGGACAAAGAUCCCGUGCAAGCCUGCAUCCUGGCAAUCGCUACUAAUCACUCUGCCGAGGCUGCAUCCAUCACCAGGCCCCAUGUUGGCGCACAGCAAGAUCUUUUUGCCAGUGUACUCGCCGAUGCUGGAGUUAAGCAUACUGACAUAUCGUACUGCGAGAUGCAUGGAACUGGCACACAAGCUGGUGACGCUGGCGAGACCACUUCGGUUUUGCAAAGCCUGGCGCCUAUUGAGCCUCCUAACGCCGUCCGAAAGCAACACCAGCCACUCUAUAUCGGCGCAGCCAAGUCAAACGUUGGCCAUGGUGAAGCUGCAGCUGGUGUGACUAGCCUAGCAAAAGUUCUUCUAAUGCUCAAGAAGUCCACUAUUCCCCCCCAUUGUGGCAUAAAGACCAAGAUCAAUCACAAGUUGCCAGAUCUUCCGUCCCGAAAUACAGCCAUUGCAAUGGAGGCCGUAUCCUGGCCCCGACCGGUAAACGGAAAGAGACAGGUCCUGCUGAACAACUUCUCCGCUGCCGGCGGUAACACGGCACUCAUUCUGGAAGAUGCACCAGAGGUACCGACCUUAGAUGUGCCUGACAUCCGACAAUGUCAUCUGGUUGCGGUAUCGGCAAAGACACCUGCCUCCUUGGAAAACAAUGUCAAGAACAUGCUAGCCUGGCUUGACGAGAAGUCCGACGCGAGCAACCUUACCCUCGCACGCCUUUCGUACACCUCCACGGCACGCCGAAUCCAUCACCCUCACAGGGUGAUGAUAAAUGCAACCAGCCUUGACUCGGUCAAAGCUUCACUGCGUACGGCACUUGAUCUCAAGAAAGGCAGCUCUCGUCCCAAAGGAACGCCGCGAUUUGUCUUUGCUUUUACUGGUCAAGGUGCGCAGUAUGCGGGCAUGGGUGCAGAUUUAUUUGCACAAUUCACAGGCUUUCGUGCAGAUAUUAGUCGCUACGAUCAGAUAUGCCGACAACUGAAUUUCCCUCCUGUCCGGCAACUCUUUGAGGAUCCGACCACCUUCUGCGAUGCCACACCUACGACGUUACAACUAGCUAUGGUUUGCUUCCAAAUGGCACUUUACCGCAUGUGGGUAACAUUGGGCGUCACACCGAGUGCGGUUGUCGGCCAUAGCCUAGGAGAAUAUGCUGCGCUAUACGCUGCCUCCGUCUUGACGCAAGCUGAUGUCAUCAAUAUCGUGGGCUCGCGAGCUCAAUUACUCGAGAAGCAUUGCGAACAAGGUAGCCACACUAUGCUUGCCGUCCGGUCCAAUGCUGAGGAUCUGGAAGCUGCACUUGGCCCUUCAGGUCUCACAUACGAGCUGUCAUGCCACAAUGGUCGCGAAAGCGUUGUGCUUGGUGGCACAAAGAGCCAAAUCGAGACGAUCCGCCCAACACUUCAAAGAAGUCGGAUGUCAAACAGGGUACUCGAGGUGCCAUACGCAUAUCACACCUCUCAGGUCGAACCAAUCCUCGCAUCUCUGGCAGCAGUAGCUAGAGGCGUUCAUUUCGCAAAGCCUGCCAUUCCUGUAAUAUCACCCGCUUUCGGUACUGUGCUCACUCAGUCCGAAGACUUCGGCAGCGACUUCAUUGUCAAGCAUUGCCGGAACAAGGUCAACAUGCUUGGAGCCCUACAAGCAGCAAGGCAAAUGAGCCUUCUUGACGAGAAAAUGAUGGGCAUCGAGCUUGGACCUGAGCCCGUUGUCAUCAAGAUGGUCAAAGAGGUUGCUGGACCUGCAUUUCAGACCUUCGCAUCAAGCCGCAAGGAUGAGCCUGCAUUGAACAUCCUAGCUUCCGCCCUGUCAGCCUUCUACACUGCAGGCACGGACGUUAAGUGGACGGCUUACCAUGCCGACUUCCCUUCGGCACAGGUUGUUCUUGAGUUGCCAGCCUAUGCUUGGGAUCUCAAAGAGUACUGGAUUCAGUAUGUAAAUGACUGGUCACUACGCAAAGGAGAUGCUCCACUAGUCAUCGAACGUACCACUCUAGAGGGCACUUGUAUCCACAAAGUCGUCAGCAACUCACUUGGCGUGAGUGGUGGCGAACUGUUAGUGGAAGCAGAUCUCAGCCGCGAGGAUCUACACCCGAUGGUACAAGGACACAAGGUCUAUGGGGUCCCGCUCUGCACCCCUUCGGUAUACGCAGACAUUGCUCUGACAAUUGGUGAAUACGCCAAACAGUUCUCUGGAGAGGGAUCCACGAAGCUUGGGGUGGAAAUCGCGAACAUGAACAUCCAGAGCGCACUAGUCGCGACUUCUGAUGGGAAGCCUCAGAUGCUGCGCACGCAUGCUUCGUAUGAUGCGAAGCAAAAGUCGCUUUAUUGCACAUUCUCCACCCUUGACGAUGCUGGAAAGGUCAAAGAACAGCACUCGAAUUGUCUCAUUAAGCUAUUUGACGUAGAGGCUGCACGCACCGCUCUCAAGUCAUCGGCUCCCGCAAUCAAGUCACGUAUCUCGAUACUUCAGUUGCAGCUCAAUGAAUUUGGCAACACCUUCAGAUACAGCAAGGCAAUGAUCUACAAGAUGGUGGGACAACUGGCAGACUUCGAUCCCAAGUACCGUGCUCUGGAAGAGAUCACACUGGAUAGCGAUGCGCUCGAAGCCUUAGGGAGAGUCAACUUCACUAAGGUCUCGGCUGAAGGUAAAUUCCACACUAACCCUGCUUACAUCGAUGCACUCUCCCAGUUGGGUGGCUUUGUUAUGAAUGGAAAUGAAGGGGUGGAUCUAGACAAGGAACUUUUCGUCAAUCACGGCUGGGCAUCACUCAAACUUCUUGAGGCUAUCGACCCCACCAAGACCUACACCACGCACGUCAAGAUGACUGAGGGAACUGACAAGCUAUGGACGGGCGACAUCACCAUACUCGACGGGGAAGCCGUUGUGGGUGUGUUUGGAGGUGUCGCUUUACAGGGUGUUCCCAAGCGCUUGAUGAGCUAUAUUGUCCAUGCCGCUAGCAAACGGACAAAUGGCGUCGCGCCUCGAACCGCCGGUGAGCCACAGACUCAGAGAGUAACAGCCCCUGAGGUCGUCAGCGCUGUCGUAAAGACAACGACCAAACAGCUCGUCACUCAAGCGCCAGUGGAGGACCGCAGUAUAACCACAGCCAUCAGCAUCAUUAGUCAGGAAAGUGGCGUGGAAGCUGCUGACCUCACUGACGAUACCUCCUUUGACGACAUUGGUGUUGACUCGCUUCUGGGCAUCAUGGUCAGUAGCAGAAUCAGGGACGAGCUUGGUAUUGAUGUGGACUCCGCCGCAUUCCUGGAGGUCCGCACAGUCGGAAGCUUCAAAACGUUCCUUCGAGGUCUCACAGGCACGACUGAGCAAUUUACCACGGUUACCAAAACUGUCACCAAAGAAAUCACACCUACAGAGCUGCGAGAAUCAUCCUUUGCCCAAUCUGCAGUUGCCGGGGAUUCCUUUGGCGUUUGGACCAAUGUGCUGGCUAUCCUUGCAGAAGAAAGUGGCAUAGAUGUGAGCGAUUUAACAGGCGACACUUACUUCUCCGACAUUGGUGUCGACUCCUUGUUGUCACUCGUGGUCGUUAGUCGCCUCCGGGACGAGUUCGACUUGGAUCUUCCAGAGCAGUCGCUUUUCAUCGACUAUCCGACCGUGGCCAGCCUCAAGGCAAGGAUCACUGGAUGCACACGAUCUCCUUCUGUCUUCAGUGAUUCAGAUGCUACCACUGAUGUCCCGAGUGUGUUUUCGCCAAGUCUAGAGGUCGAGACUACUUCUGAAGACUUCCAGCCAUUGGCUUUUUCGAAGAAGGAAGCUUUGGUCGCAGUAGCUGAAGUGGCUUUGACGCCACUUGAGAAAGCCGAUCCAUUCAUGUCAAUCGGACUUGCAUCAUACGUCGAGAGUCUACAACGCCAUCAGCCUCACGGUCCCUACCACCUUGCCGGCUGGUCAGCAGGUGGCGUGUUAGCGUAUGCCGUUGCUCAGGAACUCAUGGCAACAGGCGAGGAGAUCGCAACUCUAACACUCAUUGACUCUCCACCUCCGACUGAUGGCCUUGACCGGCUACCCCGUCGUUUCUUUGACCACUGCAGUGCAGUUGGAAUUUUCGGUGGAGAAAUGAGCGCCAUCAACCCUUCCAACAAGCGCGCAAAACUUCCCGAGUGGCUCAUGCCACACUUCGAAGCUACAAUCGAACUGCUCCACGAUUACUGCGCGCCGCCCAUGCCUCUUACUACCAACGCGCCCAAGAAGAUCAACCUUAUCUGGGCUGGUGGUUGUGCAUUUGGUGGCAAGUAUGCGCCGCUUCCACCAGCAUCAAUGGUUGGUGAGGAUACUGAGGGUAUGAAGUUCUUGACGGAGCAGAGGACGGACUUUGGUCCAGACAAGUGGACCGACUUGUUCCCGGGACGACAUAUCGAUAUCGAUGUUGUGGAGGGUGAACAUCACUUCAGUAUGAUGCGAGGGAAGGGCGCGCAGCAACUCGGUGGCUUCUUGAGGAAGACGCUUGGCUUGCUUGCCUAG